GGAAUUUUGUGCCAUCUACUCCUUGAGUCUCACCGAAGGUAGCCUUUUCAUCAGCCGCUGAUGACGACCGAGGGUCUCUAUCCAAAGCCUGCUGGCUACGCAGCUCCCAGAGGCUGCAGUGUAUUCCCACCAGGUGGUCUCUACCUGGAGUUGAUGCUCUUGAUUUGGAACAACGUCAAUGACCUUUAUCAAGUUUACAUGUUUGCCUCCUCGAAGGCCUGGACCUCUGCCGCCUUGCUCCUGUUCUUUGACUUACUCAGUCUCUACCUGCUGGGAGCCUUGAGCAUGGCACCGCUCAGCACUCCAUGCCGAGAAGUCCGACGCAGCGUGGCAAACGGCCUGGAAACAGCCAAGUUUGAGGCCAUGCGUGGUGCACAGAUGAGCCAGGUAGUGGCCAGCGGGCUCAUUGCACCCUUCGCCAUGUUGCAAGCCACGAAGCUCACUUACGUUGAAGUGCUGAGCGUGUGCUAUAGCUUGGUCCAUGCUAGCUGGGCAGCGGCAGAAACAGCGUUGAGAAACAGCGCGUACCCGUAUCAUCUGGGAGCGCUUAGAGCUGUGUGUCCGCACCAAUGCUUCCUGCUUCAAAUGAAGGCUUGCAACAGCUUCCUGGCAGAGUUCACUGCCUUCGCCAUCGUUUCGCAUGUGUACCACCCGCUUCUUCCAGGGCUGUUCUAUUGCAUGGCAGGGAUUGCCAAUGGGCUUUGCUGCAUCUCCUUCAACAUUGGCAUGUUGACUAGCGUCCGUCGAUCCAUGGCCCUUCAAGGGGCUCAUGUGGUUGAACAUGUUGCAGUCCGGUGGGCCCUCUUCCCCAAACUCUGGGGUGUUGCGGUGUCUUUCUGCUUUCCCAUCACCAUGAUGACAGGGCUUCAUCAUGAUUUCAACACUCUGACUACGGCGGGGUGGCAUCAACACGUCACAGCGGGCUAUGUCGCUCCAGAGGUCUUGUUCAGGUUCUUUCGCUUGACCAGCUGGGUUUGCUUAUGUUUCGUUUGUGACGGCUGGGCCUUCUUUGAAGCUGAGCUUUGGGAGCCGACCGUGGCCGUGAAGCGGGAUUUAGUCACCUGCCGUGCACAAGGACUUUCUUUGGGCUGCACUUUUUCCCAGCAGCAUGAAGCAAGCAGGGCCUUUUAUCGUGCUGGGCUUUUGAGCGUUGCUUUCCUCUUUGUAUCGCUUGACCUUAUGAUUGGCUUGGUCUCAUUCACUGUGAACCCCGUGCACCGUGGGGCUGAUUCCAACGUUGAGCUUGCACGAGAGGUCAAGGCCAAGGAGCUGGAAAUUCAAAGCUGGGCACUUUGGCGAGAAAGGCUGCAGCUCGAGAAAGCCUGCACAGUCAUGCCGGAACCGCCAGAUGCCCCAUCAGCAAGGUCCAGUAAGCAGUACUCGGAUGAUGGAACCAUUGAAGAAUCCAUGUGAGACACUUUGAGUCCUUUGCAUUCAAGUUGUUCAAGCCUAGCAGCGGGGCACUAGGCAGGCUGAGAGAGCUGCGGACAUUACCGGCUGCAGUGACAUUUCGUUUGGACUUCUGUCUCAGCCGAAGCCUAUCUUGCAGAUACUCUUCAGCUGCAGCAUGUCCUGCAUGGCCCAGUUGGCUGUUGUGGACCAACUUCACUUGCACAGCCACAGAGGAAUGGUAAUUAAGAGUUUUGAGGCAAAGCCUGCUCGGCAGGCAGCCUUGGCAUGUGUUGCUUCCACUUUGCUUUUUGAACCUAACACGGAUUGUUUGCAAUUGUUUGCCGUUGCCGCACCUUUGCCAGUGGUAUUGACGCGGGUUCAACUACCAAAGUCGGAUCAUGCCAGCCAUCCACGAGGCCUGAGGAAAGGAACAUGGUACCCAAAAUUUGAAUUGCU